CCCCUCCUCCUUUUCCAGAUCUGCCGCUUUUUCACUCUUCCCCUUCCCACAAAGUUUCAAAAAAUCAAAACCUUCACCAGCUCUCUUCCAGCUCCGUUACCGACCUCACCCCCUCUCAACCGGCUCCGUCUACGCCUUAUCUCCGUUGGCAGACUACAAUGACACCGUCUGCCGACAUUCCGAAACACCAGUCUAAGAGCCCCAGAUUCUUCCACCGCUCACAACCUUCUUCUCCGCGUUCUCCUUCCCCUUUUUCUCUCCUCAAAUCCAGCCUUCGUAUUUCUAAGAGUAGAUGUGGGAUAUGUUCAAGGAUGAUGAAGUCUGGGCAAGGGACGACCAUAUUUAGGACGGGAUGCUCUCAUAGCUUUCACUUCCCCUGCGUUGCCAAAACAGAAUUCCCAAAAAUUAUUUGAUUGACCAGAUGGUUCUUGUUCAGGGAUAUAACUGUUUGUGGUGAAAGGUAUAUUUUUUGUUGUAUUUUUGUUUGUUGAAAAUUAGCUUGUAGUUGUCUAUGAAGUGAAAAGAGUUGUCUGGCAUUCCAUUUGAUUUGUCUGUAACGUGAAAUGAAUUCUGUAAAAUUGAUUUGUAGUUGUCUUUAUGUGAAAAGUGUUGUCUGGCAUUCCAUUUGAGUUGUCUGUAAUGUGAAGAUAGUUGUGUGUCUGGUGAAAUUGUGAAAUAGUUAUGUAUAUUUAGACUGCUCUGUGAUGAUAUUGAGAUGUAUGUCAUGGUAUUUUGAAUAUUAUGUAAUUGGUUUGGAGUUGCCUGUCAAUUUAUUUUGAAUUUUUUAAAAUUGAUUUGUAGUUGCCUGUCAUGUGAAAGUAGUUGUCUGGCAAGGCAUAUUAGUUGUCUGGCACGUUAAAUCCAAUUGUUUAAAAUUGGUUUGUAGUUGUCUAUCAUGUGAAAGUAGUUGUCUGGCAAGACGUUUGAGUUGUUUGUCAAUUUAUUUUAAAUUGUUGAAAAUAGUUUUGUAGUUGAAUUGUCUGUCAGAUAAAAUUAGUUGUUUGGAAACCCCAUUUGAAUUGUCUUGCACGUCGUUUGAAAUUCUUUAAAAUUGGGUUGUAGUUUUUGUCAUGGCCUUUCUUCUGAGUUGUAUCAAUUUAUUUGGCUCCACAAAAAUAUUGGCUCCACAAAAAUAUUCAAUAUGUGUUUCCCGUUUCUCUAAUUUUUAUACUUUGCUAUGAACUUUGAGUGAGAGGACGUGAUGCUUUUCCAUAUUGUGUUGAAGCUAAAGUAUUCUUUCGUUUUUUGUUGCUCUAAAUUUUGCUUCAUUUCUUUCAGGUGGUUAUUGGGGGAGCUGUUGUUGAUCUAAAGACAGUUUUCGUAGUGUAUUUGAAUGAUAAUCCUUUAUGGGUUCUAAAUUUUUUGUAAUAUUUUCAGCGGGUGGAAGAGUUCAAUUUCACUAAACUCUCCAUUUAUUUGAUGUCAAGAUUUGGAAGGAUGCUACAAAAUGUUUUAAUCGUUGGCAAUCUCCACUGUGGGAGGAGGAUCCCUUCCAACAACUUAGCUCAAAAUUAGUUAUCGAUCUAAAUGUAAUGAAGAUAUUCUUUGUAUGAUAUUACCCC